GAGCGGCGGCCGGAGCGCCGGGGCCCUGGGCCGGUCCCCCGCCCGGGCCGGGGCUGUUCGUAUGAGCCUCCCCUCCCCGCGCUGGCGGGGGCCGGGGCUGAGCGGGGCCGUCCCACCAUGGCGGCGGGGAGCGGGGGAGCGGGGGCCUCCGCCCGGGAGCACCGCCUGGAGCCCGGGGACACGCUGCCGGGGCUGGCGCUGCGCUACGGGGUGACGAUGGAGCAGAUCAAGCGUGCCAACCGUCUCUACACCUCGGACACCAUCUUCCUCAAGCCCACCCUCCUCAUCCCCACGCCAGCGCAGUCAGGGGGACCCUGCCCCAAGGACAAGGACGAGGACAAGGACGCGCCUGUCCCCUCGGGGGACGCCCCGGCCGCCCCCACCCCGGCCCGCCACGAUCUCUCAGCCACCGAUUUCCUGCGGCAGCUCGACGCCGAGAUCGGGCACUCCAAGGCGGCAGCGGCGGCACAGCGGCUCCGCGCCGGCCGCACAGGCACGGCCGAGGCCGAAGGCACCCGGAGGCCCGAUGCCGGGGGCCCACCAGCCUCCCGGGGCCCCCGCCUCGGCCCCCGGCCCCUCACCAGGACCCCACGGGCGGCCGCCCUCCGCGACGCCGAGGACGAGAUCUUCACGCUGUGACGCCGGGGACGUGAGGCCGUGACUCCCACCCUGCGGUGACGGGGACCCCGGGACACCCCCAGCACCCAGCCCCCGGCAGGGGAUACCGGAGGGGACCCAGGGAUUUGGGGGGGGACGGACACAGUGUCCCCUCCCUGUCUCCUUUGAGGGACCUUUCCUGCUGCAGGGACACCCAACACCUGGGUGCAGAGCCAGCCCUCUCACAGGGCUACUGGGAGGUACUGGGAGGUACUGGGACAAGAUCUACCAGCUGAUGUUUUUCCUCUGGUUAUAUUUAUUUGUACGUCUUUGCUCUCGCGGGGGGGUGGGACCCCCCGUGCCAGUGCCUGGACCCCCACGGGGACGGGGACGGUCACCCCCAACCCCGAGAGCCUGUAAAUAAAACGGAGCACUGUCA